AUGAAUCCCACGACAAAUGAACAACGACAGCCGUUGGAGAAACCAAAAAGAAAGCGAAGGGGAAAUCGACAACUGCAACGAUACAGAGCCAAGCUUCGAAAAGCAGGCUUCACCGAUGCGACCAUUCAGCAGCUACUUCAAGGUCAAACAGAUCUCGCACCGGAUCAAGAACAAGAAGAAGAAGAAGACAUCACUGCCGAUGAUUUAGACGAAACACGAAUGUCAUCGAUUGAUCAAGAAGUGACACACACCGAGCAAGAACAAGUGAAUGUCAACAAACGGAAACGAAACUUGCAAGCAACAGAUGAAAAGGCGCUCAGCAAAUCAUUGAGUCGUUUAUCGAUUUCACAACCAACAACAAAGAAGCCUUGCUCUUCUCCACGAAGGAAUGAUAGAGAGAGCGAAAUGUGGCAAACUGAUCGCUUCGGUGGCACGACACGGGAAUCGUCGAAUGAUGUUCCCAAUUUUUUAUCUGUUCCCGAUGCUGUAUUCAAACAGCAUUUAUUGAACGAAGUGAAGGAUGAUCGAGCAACCAUCGAACAAUGGCUAGAAACAGAGCCAAUGCUACGAUAUGCUCGACGAUGUGCGCGUCUAGCCAAUGAGGUCUGCCACUGGAAAGUAGAACAAGACUUUUGGCAACUGUACAUGACUACGGCGAUGACUGAAGCAAGCUGGCUAUCACAGCUACCGAAGAAAACGCUCACUUCAAGUCACAUUCAAUGGCCUUAUUGUAAGACCGAAAAGAACAUCCAAAAACGACAAAAAGCCAUUCAAAAGAAGUUAGCAAUGGCCGAGUCCAAGUUAAACGAAUACUUGCAGCAACCGCUACCGUUACUAAUGAAGCCUGACGAGUCAACGAACCGUGCUAUGAGUAGCUUAGCUGUUGCUAUUCUCUCAUUUGUACAAAAGGGUCAGCAGCGAUUGCGUGACGGAUUCAAACGAAAAGAAGCAGCGCUAGCGUUGGACAUCAAUGAUAUUCGCUUAGUCAAAUCUUUCUGGGACCUUCGACCCACGCAGGAGCAGGUUCGAUUUCGAUUGAAGAAGAAGUCGUUGUGA